GUCAUUCCAGACAGCUGGACAUAUGGACAUAAAUGUAUGUACAUACAUAGGUACCUGCCUAACCUAGGUAUGUACUACCUACAUGUACCUAAGCCAACAGGCAGAACACCGGGGGUUGCUGCCAGGCAACAUUGCACCUUCUAAAGGGAAGUCUUUGAAAAGCAUUUUAACUCUUACAUGUAACUUAUUCAAUUCAUUCCCAAAUAUAACAAAUUCGCGGUUUGACGGCUGUCACUUAACUUGAAACCGUUGAUCAAUUCGUACGCUCAGAUCCGAGAAGUCGGGGAAGAUGAGCCAGCGAAGUCGAAAGAUACGGGAUGCAGGCGCCGAGGACGAGGAGCGCCGUCAAUAUGAGACGGGAGGGCAAACACUUCAAGAGCUAGACGCAAAAUACCCAAACCGACCAAAGAAUCACUCGAGAACAUUAUUCUUUUCAGACUUGUACAAAGAUCUCUUCAACCCUCUGAGUGACAACAAACCCCAAGUCGGCCCAAAACUUGCACGCACCAGAGCGGCAUCUCAGAAGCACAACAAGCUCUCUCCGCACGAGCAAAAACGCAAUAUCAUUGAACGCUUCAUAUUAAGAUGGCGCACAGAGGUGGGAAAUGACAUCUACCCUGCUAUGCGCUUGAUCCUAUCCAAUUCGGACCGGGAUAGAGGGAUGUACGGGCUCAAGGAAGGUAACAUCGGCAGGCUACUCGUCAAGUUAAUGAGAAUUGAUAGGAAUUCUGAAGAUGGCUAUGAUCUUCUACACUGGAGGAUGCCAAGCAAGUCAACAGCCGGCCGGGCUGCAGGUGACUUCACCGGGAGAUGUUUCGACGUGCUAUCGAAAAGGCCCAUGCGUAUAGAGCCCGGAGAUAUGCGUAUUGCUGAAGUUAAUGAGAUGUUAGACAAGCUGGCGGCCGCGUCCGGCGAGAGCGAGCAGUUACCGAUAUUCGAAAUAUUCUAUCAACGCAUGAAUCCGGAAGAAUUGAAAUGGCUCAUUCGUAUUAUCUUAAAGCAGAUGAGGGUGGGAGCUACAGAAAGGUCCUUCAUGGAUCUGUGGCAUCCUGAUGCUCAGGAUCUAUUCAGUGUGUCGUCAAGCCUCCGCCAAGUUUGCUGGGAUCUCUAUGACCCUAAAUUCCGGCUUACGGAUGGCCAAACAAGUGUCACAUUGAUGCAGUGCUUCCAGCCUAUGCUCUGUCACUAUCAAAUGUCCACCUCUUUCCAGAAGAUGGUUGACAAACUCAACUCAAUAAAUCGGGUGGAAGGCGAUGAUGAGUUCUGGAUUGAGGAGAAGUUGGAUGGUGAGCGGAUGCAGCUACAUAUGGAAGAAGACGACGAUGUCCCUGGCGGCAAGAGAUUCAAGUUCUGGUCGAGGAAGGCCAAAGACUACACCUACCUCUACGGCGAGAGCUUUAAAGACGGUAAUUCAUCACUGACCCGCCACCUUGAGGAUGCUUUUGCUCCCGGCGUACGUAAUAUCAUCUUGGACGGCGAAAUGAUAGUAUGGGACCCCGAGCUUGACAAGGUGCUGAAAUUCGGCACUUUGAAGACAGCAGCCAUCGCAGAACAGCGAAAUCCCCAUAAAGACAACGCACCUCGACCAGUACUUCGCGUCUUUGAUAUUCUUUAUUUAAAUGACCAACCGUUAACACAAUACACCCUACGAGACCGGCGGAACGCGCUUGAAAAAGCUGUCCCGGGAGUACCAUAUCGGCUAGAAGUCCACAAAUAUGACAAGGCCAACUCGGCGGAUGCGAUAGAGCCGAUGCUACGAAAAAUCGUCUCGGAUGCCUCUGAGGGGAUAGUUAUCAAGAACCCAAGGUCAAUGUACACCCUCGCUGACCGUAGCGAUAAUUGGAUCAAAGUCAAGCCGGAGUAUAUGAGCGGUUUCGGUGAGUCGGUAGAAGCUAUCAUCAUUGGGGGGUACUACGGAUCUGGCCAUCGCGGUGGCGUAUUAGGCUCGUUUCUCUGCGGCCUUCGUGCUUCAGAAAACGACAUCAAAGCUGGGGCGAAGUCGGAAACAUGCUACAGCUUCGUGAAAGUUGGUGGUGGUUUCAGUGCAGAAGAUCUCGCCGAAAUUCGACAUCUCACAGAAGGGAAAUGGAAGCCCUGGGACCCAAAGAAGCCACCGAGCGAAUACAUCCAACUUGCCGGUGGAGAUAAAUACCAGAUUCUUCGGCCCGACGUUUGGAUUCGCCCGAGCGAAUCACUCGUCAUUUCUGUCAAAGCAGCCAGCGCCGGAGAAUCGGAUCAGUUUGCCAAGGGAAUUACGUUACGAUUCCCACGGUUCAGGGGCAUGCGGCUUGACAGAAGCUGGGAUUCGUGCUUAGAUUUCCAGGGCUUCUUAGAUAUGAAGGCACGAGCCGAAAAGGAGAACGAGGAGAAGACCAUGAAGAUGGAAUCACACAGGAAACGAGCGGUCAAGCGAACUAAGAGGGAAAUUGUCAUCGCGGGCCAGGAUAUUACUGCUCCGGCUAUGUUUGAGGGCCCAAAAACUAAAGUAUUCGAAGGCCUAGAGUUCUGCGUCUUAACGGAUUGCACAUCCCCGGUCAAGAAGUCGAAGGCACAACUUGAGAUUUUAAUAAAGGAGAACGGCGGCAAGAUACAGCAGAGGGCCAAUCCGGGAACCAAUAUGCUCCUUAUUGGCGAAAAGAAAGUAGUGAAGGUCGCCAGCCUGAUGAAAGCUGGAGACGUAGACAUUAUCAAACCGAAAUGGGUACUAGAUUGCCUUGCACAACGCGACAGGGACUUCCUCCUCCCCUUUGAGACGGGACACAUCUUCCACGCCACCGAGGCCACGAUGCGCCACGCAGAGGAGAAUGUGGAUGAAUUUGGCGAUAGUUACGCCAGAGAUCUAAAUUUGAAGGAUCUGAGACAACUGCUCGAAUCGAUGCCAAAGAAGGAAGUCAUCGUCGAAGAGCCGUUUAACAAGGAAGAAUUCCUCAACCAGCUAGCCGAUCACGGUCAUGACAUUGGUGGUUUGAGAAGCUAUAUAUUUAGGGGCGCAAGGAUACACUUCGCAGCAACAGACGAGGUGUCUUCUAUAUCGUGUCUCAAGCUGAAGAAUUGGGUCAGAUAUGGAGGAGGGUCGAUAAUUGACGAUCUGAGCGACAGAAGUACAACGCAUGUGGUAAUAAUAAGCGACAGCGAGACUGGUGAGAUGGAGCGAGCAGCAGAAGUACGCUCGUUCAUUAGCACUCGAACCCCCGUUCCCAGGGUAGUCUCGCGGCAAUGGGCCGAGGAUUGCUGGAAGAAUCGGACUACAUUAGACGAGGAGAGAUAUGCACCAUUAUAAUGAUCAAGAUAGCCAACAUAAGUGACUAGUCUAGCUAAUAUUCAUUUCAUUCAUACGGACGAUCUAUCGUUGGUAUCUUUACUUUCCUAUUGUCAGGAACAAGCGAUCACCCACAUCUCCUACACCCGGCUUUAGCAUACCAUUCGGUGUAAGCUCAGCGUCGACGCCC